GAAUGAAUAAAGAGGAAGAGGAAGAGGAAAAGAGGGGAAGUUGGUAGCAGUUAGCAAUAGGCAUGAGAAUCGUUCGGAGAGAUCUCGUACGGAAUGGACCUGGUAGCGUUAAGAUGGUGCCAGUGGAUUCGGAUGAUCUAUGGUAUGCAUAUAACUUGAUAGCUCCAGGAGACUCUGUCAUGGCUGUUACAGUCAGGAAGGUUCUUAGAGAAGUAGCUUCUGGCGGACGAGAAGCGGAACGUGUCAAGCUCAAAUUGGAAAUUAGAGUUGAAGAGAUUGCAGAUUAUGACAAAGAAGGUUCUGUUUUACGUGUUCGCGGCAAGAACAUUUUAGAGAAUGAAUAUGUCAAGAUAGGAGCAUUCCAUACUUUAGAACUCGAUCUACAGCGACCUUUUGUGCUCAGAAAGGACGUUUGGGAUUCUUUGGCUUUGGAGGUACUGCAGCAGGCCACCGAUCCUGGUGCAAGUGCUGAUCUAGCUGUUGUGUUGAUGCAAGAAGGAUUAGCCCAUAUCCUCCUUGUUGGUAGAAGUGUGACUGUUACACGUUCACGGAUAGAAACUUCAAUUCCUCGCAAGCAUGGGCCUGCUAUUGCUGGUUAUGAGUCAGCUUUGAAUAAGUUCUUUGAGAAUGUUUUGCAGGCUUUCUUGAAACAUAUAGAUUUUAACGUGGUUCGUUGUGCUGCGAUUGCAAGUCCAGGAUUUACAAAGGAUCAGUUCCAUCGUCACUUAUUUUUGGAGGCUGAAAGAAGACAGCUACGACCUAUUAUUGAAAACAAGUCGCGCAUCAUUCUUGUUCACACAAGUUCAGGAUACAAGCAUAGUUUAAGGGAGGUUCUGGAUGCUCCAAAUGUCAUGAAUUUGAUAAAAGAUACUAAGGCAGCACAAGAGGUUCGAGUUUUGAAGGAUUUCUUCAACAUGCUUUCAAAUGAUCCAUCACGUGCUUUUUAUGGAAUGAAACAUGUUGAGGUUGCCAAUGAACGACUAGCAGUGCAAACUCUUCUUAUUACAGAUGAUCUUUUCAGGAGUUCAGAUAUAACAGCAAGACAAAGGUUUGUUAACUUGGUCAACUCAGUUAGACAAUCAGGAGGCUCUGUCCAUAUAUUUUCAUCCAUGCAUGUCUCUGGAGAACAGCUAGCACAGUUAAGUGGCAUUGCUGCAAUUCUUCGGUUUCCUCUCCCCGAUCUUGAAGACAUGGAGAUGUGAUGGAUAAUGUUGGUCAAACACGUUGCUGUUGGCCAUGGCCCUUCUUUGUUUUUAUUUUAUGCUGUUCUAAAAUACACAGCUGCUGUUGCAAGACUCCCUGAGAACUCCUAACGGGUUGCUGAGUUUGCCAGAUACGUUGAACCGGGGACUUGUAAUAUAAAUCAGGCAAUGCUAAUUAAUAGUUGCAAGUUAUAUUCAACAGCCAGUGUAAUAUAUUUUGGGGUGAAUACUUGUGCUCCUUGGUAUUUAUAUGUUGGAAAUUUAUACUUCACAGUUCCUAUCAUGUAUAUGAAUCUUUGAAUAAUUUACAUACAUGCACAAAAAUCACAACAAAG